AUGUUUUAAUCUUUGUGAACAAAUUCUUUUAAUUUUCAUAGAAAAUCGUUGUUUUGUGAAAAUAUGAUUAACGAAACGCAUAUGGAGCCGGUCCACUUGUCAACGUCAAAAAAAUGUCAUUUACGUCACUACUGGAUACGUCAGUUCCCAUAUCAGACAGGUAGCGAUUCUGGUGAAUUUCAUUUCAAUGUAUUGCGAAAAGCGAUAUUUUGUUUUUAUUGUAUUAAUUAAAAGACUUAAGCUUUAGAAGAAAGCUCUAUAUAUACUUGCAGUAUGUCUACAUUCUCCGGUUUCAGUGAAGAGGAACUGAAACGCAUAAAAUCGAACGAAAAUACAGUUAACAGCGGUCCAAAAAUAAACGCAGCCAACGUAAAGAAACUCGACAGAAUAGGAUACAAACAAAAACGACCAACCAGCCAAUAUAAACUGCCAAUAUUACAGAAACACAACUCAGAUGAUGCUAUAGAUAGUAUGGAGUUUGAUAAGUGUAAACUUAGUUUAAGAUCACCGACUACGCCAGCACGCGAUAUGACGGUGGCGGAAGAAAAUAAUAAAGAGAAUGUUGAUAAUAAUGACAAUGCCACUGAAGAGACUAGUAAAGAAACAAGUGAAAUAAAUAAUAAAACAAAUGAAGGCACAGAGACCAAUGGUGCUGAUUACGCAUCAAUCGAAAGGAAAAACAGUAUGGUAGCACCUGAUAUAGUGAGAGGUGUAGAGAAUUAUUCAGAAGAUGAAAUGGCUAAUCAUAAAGUGAAGUUGGAAGAACUGCAGUUGAGGCAGAAGAUUAUGGAAGAGCAGAAUAAGAAAAGGAAGGAGAUGCUUGCUAAAGCUCUGGCUGAUAGGACAAAACAGACCUCAGAAGAAGUGCUAAGACUAGAGAAGAUCAAGAAGGAACUUCAGGUGCUAGACAGUCAGUUCUCGCAAGACGUCGCUGUGUUGAGAGGCAAGAUCGACCAGGCGUGCUUGAGCUACGCGGAUGCCGAAAAACACUACUUAAGAGUCGAGAAAGAAUUCCUCCAAGCAAAAAUCCAUUUACAAAAAGAAAAAGAGAAGAAAGAACUAUUAACAGAGCAUCUGUGUGCACUAAUAACACACAACGAGACGAGAAAAGCUCAGAAACUAGAAACGUUAAUGUUAGAACUCGCUACUGAUAAGAAAAAAGAAAUAAAUGAAGUUCUACCUCCAAUAGAAGAUGAAAAGCCAGUGGUAGUAGAUGGUGUGGACGAAAGGACUGGUAAGAUUGUUGAAAUUGUUCCUCAAAGUUAGUCUGUAUUUCACGCAUUUAAAUCUAAAACUGCACAACGUAAGGAAAAUACUAAAGUCAUUUAGAAGGAACUCGAAACAGAUGAUGUUGAAAAUGAUGAUAACUUUAAAUCACGCACAAAUGGAGAAAACAACGAUAGUUUAACAAUAGUGCAUUUAAAUAUUAUUAAUAUACUCUCAAGACUGUAUUUAUUGUAUUUAAUAUAUUAUGUCGUCUUAUUAUAAGUAUCUUAUAUUUUAUGUAUAAAUCUAUUUUAAACUUAGAUUUAUUAAAUUAUAUUUUAUGUUGAAAGAGUUGCUAAAAAAUAUUUUAAGAAGAAUUUUAACUUGUCAUUAUGGCAACGAAUGUUGGAUUAGGCUGCUAAUUAUUAUCCUAAUAAUUUAAGAACUUUACAAGCUUAAUGACCUAAGGCCUGCUAAAUAAUGAGUAUUGGUAAAUCUGAUAUAAAAAAAAAACAUAUUGUACCUUAUUUUUAACUAUGUGCCUUAUGUUAAUGUACCUUUGUUUAUGGUUUAUUUAGUUAUUCUAGAGGAUUGAUAAAUAUUAGAAGAGGGUAGACCAGCUAAAGAUUCUAUUUACAAAGGAUUUUUAAUAACUUCAAAAUCUUUAAUUUUAUCGGCAAGAUAUUUUCUUUUCCAAGAACAACUGAAAUAAACCACAAACAUUCUUAGAUUUAAAAAUAAUUUAAGUUAUUUCUUAGUCAUGUAGGACGUGGCAAUAUUUUUAAUAACAUUUAUACAAAUAUAGAAAAAUAAUAUGGCAUGUUUUCGGCCAGUUGUACUAAAGCCAAAUAACAAAAAGUAACUAUUUUUAUGACAAGCUAUUUUUAUAUCUCGAUAAAAAUGGAUCUAGGUUAGACUAAGAUUCGUUUACACUAUAAACUAUGAUAUUAAUAAAACAAAAUGUUACUAAAUUA